AUGGCUGAGCGAUUUCAAGCGCGUGUCGACACCUUUGCGUUCUACAGCAGCGGAGAGGAGAAGAUCGGGGCUCUUUCCAAAGCUGAAGAGCUUGCGAAAAGAGCUAUCAGCCGUGAUGAUCUUUGCCUCUCAACGUCAUCCAUCGCCGAGCUCGAUCGAAAAGACCUGUUAGUUGUUAAAGAUGGCGUCCUGCGCGUUGCUGAGUCUUUGGACCGUGAGCAGCAGCAGCUGGACGCCAACGGAGAAGUUGUCAAGGCUUUGGGGACCUGGACAAAGGACGAGCAUGAGCGCUUUUUGCGUGCACUGGAGGUCCACCCGAAAGGGCCGUGGAAGGCUAUCGCUGAGAUGGUUGCUACUCGCACGGUGCGUCAAACUCAGACGCACGCCCAGAAGUACCGAGAGAAACAGGCGCGUCGCAUGCGUGGUCUCCGCAACCGAAACGGUACCCUACAGACAUCACUCAUGACACGCGGGAUCGACUAUCCCCCGCAAGUUUUUCUUUCUUCAUUUACCGCGCACGUCCACACACGUGGGUAUUCACCUACUGCCUACUCGCAUGCAAUGGAGCUUGGUACUGCGACAAUGCCGCUUGCAAGAACCAUGUCAUUGCCAGCCAUGCCUCUUCGCAGCUCCCGUCUCCCUCAUCACUACAGCUCAAGUGUUUGUGCGACAACGCCGGUCCCAGUUAGCAAGACGAGCUCCGAGUUCAGCCAACGACACAUAGCUGCUUUCUCGAGCGCGUGCAUGGGAAAGGAAACUAUGUACCCGUCGUCGGCAUUCGCGAUCAGCAGAGCGGAGAGUAAGCACUCGGUGCCGAAUUUUGACGAGUCCAUGGACUUUCUCAUGGAUGUGUACUCGACCGAUCCUACCGAGAUCAACACGGUGGUAUCGUUGCAGCCACGUAGCACCCUGGUCACGCCCACUGCGGCUGUCUCACACACCCACCCUCGGAACCCGAUGCCGUCUGCGCUGAAACGACAUUCGGGCUUUGGGUUCGCUCCUACUGCUCAAAGGCUCGCCAAGCACUUUACGUACAGCGACAAUCAUGUCAAUCGAGAGCUGGGCGUCUAA